GUGAACCGAUACCUGGCCAUUUCGUCUCCCCUCAGCCACUCGCGGAGAGUUACCCGUCAAAGAGUGACCCUGGCCAUCAUCUCCAUCUGGGUGUUGUCUUCUGCAGUGGCCUUUGUGCCUAUCAACCUGGGCUGGAACACAGCAGACUACAACAUACAGCACUCCGACUGGGGGAUGGGAGACGAAGACAAGGAGGGACGCUACUGUCAUUUUGAAUGGAAUAACAACUAUGUUCUAAUAUACGCCUUUGUCUCGUUCUACUUGCCCCUGUUGCUCAUGUGUGGGAUGUAUCUUUGCAUUUUCAAAGUGGCACGAGAACAGGUACGGCGUAUUCGCGCCACUACUCCAGCAUUCGUCCGCUCAGCAACUGCAACCAUAGCGAGAGAGCACAAAGCCACAGUGACGCUAGCAGCUGUGUUGGGGGCUUUUGUCAUCUGUUGGUUCCCCUACUUCACCUUUUUCACAUGCAAGGGCAUUAAAGAAAAGGCAAAUCCCCCUAAUAUAUUUCAUUCCAUCGUCCUGUGGUUGGGUUAUUUCAACUCGACUCUUAACCCCAUUUUGUACCCAGCCUUCAACAGGGACUUCCGUCAGGCCUAUGGAGAGCUGCUUCACUGCAGAGGACCUCAGUGCAGAAAACUGCAGUUUACGCGUGUGCCUUUGGACAAAAGACUCGCCUUCGUGAAUGAAUUCAGGGUCUCCCAACAGUCUCAGAAACACAUAGACACAGCUAAGAUUGAAACCGAGGACAAUAACCUCACU